UGGGCUGCUGCAUCCAACAUGGCGGAGAAAGAAACCCCCCUCACGGCCGUUAAGGUCGAGGCCUUGGUACAGUCUGCCCCCAGAAAAAACUCCCCCUCCAAAUGACGAGAAUUAUAUGCUCAUACCCCCGCGUCAUGUAGGUGGUCAUGAAGAUCAUCAAGCACUGCUCUCAAACAUUCCCGACGACUGCGACCGGUUCGAUCGUCGGUAUGGAUGUCGGUGGUACCCUGGAAAUCACAAACACCUUCCCCUUCCCCGUCGUCGAGAUGCCCGCCGAGUCGCACUUUGACAACGCCGCCCCCAACCCGGCCGCCGCUGCUCCUCGCGCAAAGGCCAACGCGGCCUACCAGGCAGAGAUGAUCCGCAUGCUGCGGGAGGUCAACAUCGAUGCGAACAACGUCGGAUGGUACACCAGUGCGAACAUGGGUAACUUUGUCAACAUGAACGUGAUCGAGAACCAGUUCUUCUACCAGAAGGAGAUGAACGAGCGGACAGUCGCUCUUGUCCACGAUGUCAGCCGCAGUGCUCAAGGAAGUUUGAGCCUGAGAGCUUUCCGUCUGUCGCCUAAGUUCAUGACUGCUUUCAAGGAGAACAAGUUCACUGCCGAGGAGCUGCAGAAGUCCAACUUGAGAUACCAGGACAUCUUUGUCGAACUCCCCGUCGAAAUCCACAACUCUCACCUGAUCACCUCCUUCAUCCACCAGCUUCAGAGCCCCAUCGCCGCGGGACCCACGGAACUCCCCCAGUCUCUGGCCGCUCUUGAGUCCGGUCCCUUUGUCAAGUCGAAUGUCCUUACUCCCAACUACGACAACCUGUCGCUCAGCAUUGACCCAUUCUUGGAGAAGAACUGUGAUCUCCUGCUCGACAGCAUUGAGACUCACCACACCGAGACCAACAACUUCCAGUACUACCAGCGCUCGCUCGCCCGUGAGCAGACCAAGAUCACCAACUGGCAGACCAAGCGCAAGGCCGAGAACGCGACCCGUGCGACGCUCAAGCAGGCACCCCUCCCCGAGGAUGAGUGGCAGCGAUUGUUCAAGCUUCCUCAGGAGCCCAGCCGCUUGGAGAGCAUGCUCAACAGCCGACAGGUCGAGCAAUACGCUCGCCAGGUGGACCACUUCGUUGCUGCCACUUCGGGUAAGAUGUUUGCUGUGAAGGGAAAUCUACUGCCCGGAGAGACCGCCAAAUAAGCGGCUUCUUGAAUGUUUUGGGCUCAAACUGGGGAUUCUGGGAAUUGCAUGACCUUAACGGCGUAGGGAGGGAAAAUUAUGUAUCUGACUGUUAAUAUGUCUCCUGCUUGCUUAUUCCAGUGACGAAAUCUAGUUACGGGAUAUGACUUGAGAGCAUGUCUGCGUCUUGUUAUGACCUAACUGAUCUGCUGUAGAUAUCUUCUGAGUCACGACUGAUGAUAUUUACUGUAUUCUGGUCGCCAGACGUGUAUAUACUUGUAGCAGUCUAGGGCACUUUGCCACACGUGAUGCUACUGACGAUGACUUCAUUAUUCGUCGCAAUCGAGAAACACUGCGUACCGAUUAGAUGAGAUACUUUUAUGGCUCGAAAUGAUGCUUUCCAGGUCUUCUCCUAUGUUCUUGUUCUCUGUUCUUAAAGUGUGGUUGAUUUGUUUUCAUCGUUCUCAUGUACAACAGUAACUUUGAUAUUUGGAUU